UUGUAUCGCUGCCGAAUUUGUGAUUAUGAGAGCCUCGAACUUUGGUCUGCUGUGAACCAUUGCCGUGCAAAGCAUGGUAGGGACACCAGUGAGAAAAUACACUGCCCACAGUGCUCUGUUAUUGUAAGGAGUCCAGAAGAAUUGACAGAGCAUAUCCGGUCUCAGCAUGUGCUACAUUGCAGUGAGUGCGGGGGCAAAUUUAAAGGGAAGCAAACACUCCGGAGGCAUAAACUUCGGACACACGGCGUGAACCGGGAUUUUGUCUGCGAUAUAUGCGGGAAGACGUUCACGAAGAAGUCGCGCUUGGAGUCCCACGUGGUCGGCCACAACACGGCACUGGCGAAGAAACUAGCAUUUUGCACUGUUUGCAAUGUGCAGUAUAAGAAUCUAUAUAUCUAUAGAAACCAUUUGAAGUACAGCGUCAACCACUCUGAAAGGCUAUAUGAGUGUACGGAGUGCAACAAGAAAUUCGCGUCGAAGGUGUACUGGAAGAAGCACCGCGAUUUUUACCAUUUAAAGAAGUCACAAUUUAAAUGCGAGAUAUGCAAUAAGCUGUUUAUAUCUUACUGGCGUCUGAAGAAUCAUCAGCAGACCAAUCACGGUCUGAGCAGAUCAAGGAACUACACGUGCAAUGUAUGCGGCAAGAAAUUCUUUGUUGAGCGCAUUGGGUACGGCUGGAUCGUACGGUACGAGAUUGUACACCUUUUCAAGAAUAUUGUGUGA